AACCCGCACCAAAAUCAUCCCCAACCCCGACUCGCCGAGCCAAAACCCCACCCCCCGAUCCAUGGCGUCCUCCGGCGAGGCCUCAGCAUCUGCAUCGGCAUCGGCAUCGGCGUCGGCGUCGGCGUCGCCGUCGGGGGACCGACUCCGCGUGGUCGGCGCGUGGGCAGGGCCCCUGGAGGUGGAGCUGGGCGCCUGGACGGUGGCGAUGCUGCGGGCGGAGGUGGCGCGGCGGGCCGGGGGCGUGGACCCCGACCGCGUCGGCCUCAUCUUCGGCGGGCGCGUGCUCAAGGACGACCCCGCCGGCGUCUCGCUGCAGCAGGCCGGCCUCAAGGGCAACGCCAAGGUGCUCUCCACCCUCGCCUCCCCCGAUCGCGGCAAGGCCCUCGCCGCCGAGGCCGCCGCGGCCGCGGCCGAGGAGGAGCACGCCAGCAAGCUCGUCAGGCUCUGGGAUGCUGCACAAGCAUUAUCUCAAAGGCAUUCAGAUGGCUCUCUCCUUGACGAAAAUUUCAACAUAGCUCUCGAGGACCAGAGUGGCCAAAAAGUGAUGUUUGGAUCUCCAGAAGAUAUGAAGGCUUUGAAGAUGGCUCUAAUGCUUCAUCAAAAGGCAAAAGUUCUUAUCAAGAAGAACAUCUAUAAGGAUGCACUGGAUGUUUUGAUGAUGUCUGAGGAAGCCUUUUCUCUUUGUGACGCUAAACUCAUUGAGAGAGUUGAUAAUGUGCCAAUGCUUCAACUGGAUAUAGUCUGGUGUUAUUUUAUGCUUCGUGAUGUAUCACGCUUAGAAGUUGCAGGGGCUCGCCUAAACAAGGCUAGGUUAGGAUUUGAACUUUCCCACGGUAAAGAUUCCACACGCUUCAGAUUACUCCAGGCAGCCCGUCAUGCAGAUCUGGCUCUCUAUGUAAGACUGGAGCUUUUGGAAGGAGUGGUGGCCUAUUAUAAUGGUCAUACUGAAAAGGCACGUGGUUCUCUCAGUUCUGCACAGUCUAAAUACAUGCAGCUGCAAGUACCAGAUGAAGCUAUAGCAAUGCUAACGGAUAUGGGCUACGAUGCCCGAGCAUCAAAAAGAGCACUAAAGAUGACUGGCUAUGAUAUUCAAUCUUCUGUUGAUCUCUUAUGUGAGGAACGUGAAAAGAAAAUCCGUAGAAGGGAGCAGGACAUAGAGACAGAAAGAGAGAUCAUGGAACAAAGGAGAUAUGGUAAAACUCCCAUGAACAAGGCAGUUGAUAUGCAGAAGUUGAGAGGCUUGACUACUAUCGGGUUUGAGAAGUACCUUGCUGCAGAAGCACUCCGCAUAAACGAAAAUGAUGCUGAGAAAGCAUUAGAUCUUUUGACAAAUCCUGAACUGAACUGUGCCCUACAAAGUAAAAUUCAGUCAAGGAGGAAACGACCAUCUCAUGUCUUGGGUGCAGGACCAUUGAGGGCCGGGCCUGCCGCUGCUGUGGCUGCUGCAGUGGCUGGUAAUGCUCCACCACAGAUACCGGAUCUCAACGCUGCCGAGGGCGGCAAUCAGGAACAGCUUGUGAACAACGGCGCAGAAGCUGCGGCCAAUGACGCAGAAGCUGCGGACAACGACGCAGAAGCUGCCGCCAACGAUGCGGAAGCUGGGGCCAAUGAAGAAGCUGUCAACCAAGACCAAGACAUGGGCGAUGAGACAGAGGAGGAUGAAACUGAGGAGUAUUUGAUCGAGGAACAAGCGGGUGCGAGCCACGGGCAAGCUCUGGCCAGGGACGUGGAUAUGGAGAACGAGCUCGCCAACGAGCUGACGGGUGAUGCCCUGGAUGACUAUGACAUCGACGUCGCCAACGAAGGGCAGGCCAUCGCGGAGUACCUGAGCCUUCUGGAGUCCGCUGCUGCUGCUGCUAGCUCUUGAUUUGCAGAGAUAUAUAGGCAUCUUAAAAAGCUUCAGGUGGAAGGAGAAUAGCCUCAGCCCGGGAGCUCGUUUGCGUGGUAGGGUUCGAUUCUGUACAUACGAAUAUGGUGCUACCUUUAGUGAGCUAUAAGUGACACGUUAAAACCUGUUACCGUCGUGCUGAAGAAAUUAAUUCAUGGACCGCAUCUCACUA